AUGUAGGUCCCCGAUUGCCAUCUCUAGGGACCAUCUCUGUCCCCUUGAAUUUCGAUGCCGUACCAUGGUGUUUGGAGUUCAUUUUUUAAAACAUGUUCAAAAAGACCUUACUUUUUUACUCAAUCUACCAUCCUGAAACAGGUAUCUCAGGUACUUCACAAGUAAAGAGCAAAGCAAGCGUUUCCACUGCAGUUAAUGUUCGUCGUCUUGUUUCACAGAGACUGUUUAGUCUUACCUGUUGUUUUAAAGUUAAUGUUAAUAGCUAUUUAACUCUAUUAAACGGAGACUGUGGGUGCAGAAGAGCAUGCAUCUUCGAGCAGAUGCAAAGGCUGGACGAGAAUAGCACGCAUCGAGAAGACAGCUGACUUGAUGAAGGUUUUCACUGUAGUACGAGAACAAGUGGAUCAGAAAAUAAAGAUGACUGCCUGAAGCUUUUUCAACUGUUCUUCAUUGGAAACAGAGAUACUCCUGCAGAUUAAUUAUUCCCGUUGCAAGGAUGAAUCUAAGAAGCAGAAAAGCGCACUAG